UUCAAAAUGGCGGACGGAGGAGCAGCGAGUCAAGAUGAGAGUUCAGCCGCGGCGGCAGCAGCAGCAGACUCAAGAAUGAACAAUCCGUCAGAAACUAGUAAACCAUCUAUGGAGAGUGCAGAUGGCAACACAGGCACACAAACCAAUGGUCUGGACUUUCAGAAGCAGCCUGUGCCUGUUGGAGGAGCAAUCUCAACAGCCCAGGCCCAGGCUUUCCUUGGACAUCUCCAUCAGGUCCAGCUCGCUGGAACAAGUUUACAGGCUGCUGCUCAGUCUUUAAAUGUACAGUCUAAACCUAAUGAAGAAUCGGGGGACUCCCAGCAGCCCAGCCAGCCCUCCCAGCAGCCUUCAGUGCAAGCAGCCAUCCCCCAGACCCAACUCAUGCUGGCCGGAGGACAGAUAACUGGGCUUACUUUGACGCCAGCCCAGCAGCAGUUACUGCUCCAGCAGGCCCAGGCCCAGGCCCAGCUGCUGGCCGCAGCCGUGCAGCAGCAUUCCGCCAGCCAACAGCACAGUGCUGCUGGGGCCACCAUCUCAGCCUCCGCCGCCACGCCCAUGACGCAGAUCCCCCUGUCUCAGCCCAUACAGAUCGCACAGGAUCUGCAGCAGCUGCAGCAGCUUCAGCAGCAGAAUCUCAACCUGCAGCAGUUUGUGUUGGUGCAUCCGACCACCAACCUGCAACCAGCGCAAUUCAUCAUCUCCCAGACGCCCCAGGGCCAGCAGGGUCUCCUGCAAGCGCAAAAUCUUUUAACGCAACUACCUCAGCAAAGCCAAGCCAACCUCCUACAGUCGCAGCCAAGCAUCACCCUCACCUCCCAGGUCAGUUUUCUCCCAUUGAGGUUUGCUUUCUCUUGUCUUGAUGUUUUGAGGGAUUCUUGGACUUUGUUAAAUUAUAAAAACACAGCAGAACCCCAUAAUACCCUAAUAAAAAUAAUCCAGAUAGUUUUCACAAAUUUUCUGGGCCGGUUGGUUCAGUUGGAAAGAGCAUAUUACUAUCCAGGUCGAAGCACCACAGACAGCACGUCCAGCAACACUGCCACGGUCAUUUCCACGGCGCCGCCAGCUUCCUCAGCCGUCACCUCCCCCUCGCUGAGUCCCUCCCCGUCUGCCUCAGCCUCCACCUCCGAGGCAUCUGGUGCCAGUGAGACCAGCACAACACAGACCACCUCCACUUUGUCCUCUCCUCUUGGGACCAGCCAGGUGAUGGUGACCGCGUCAGGCUUGCAGACAGCAGCGGCCGCCGCCCUCCAAGGGGCUGCACAGCUGCCGGCGAACGCCGGUCUCGCCGCCAUGGCCGCCGCCGCGGGACUGAGCCCGGGCCUGAUGGCGCCCUCACAGUUCGCAGCUGGAGGUGCCUUACUCAGUCUCAAUCCAGGGACCCUGGGCGGUGCCCUCAGCCCAGCUCUCAUGAGCAACAGUACACUGGCAACUAUUCAAGCUCUUGCCUCUGGUGGCUCUCUUCCAAUAACGUCACUGGAUGCAACUGGGAACCUGGUCUUUGCCAAUGCAGGAGGAGCCCCCAACAUCGUGACUGCCCCCCUGUUCCUGAACCCUCAGAACCUCUCUCUGCUCACCAGCAACCCAGUGAGCUUGGUCUCUGCCGCUGCGGCCUCCGCAGGGAACUCUGGACCUGUAGCCAGCCUUCACGCCACCUCCACCUCCGCUGAGUCCAUCCAGAACUCUCUCUUCACAGUGGCCUCUGCCAGUGGGGCCGCCUCCACCACCACCACCGCCUCCAAGGCACAGUGAGCUGGGCUGCACGGGGCUGCCACUGGCCUUUUCCACUCGCGGCACGAUCGGGCUGCCAGCCAGGCUGAGACUGAAAAAUGUGAUUGGCUUCCUCUUGCCAUGUUUCAGCAGCAAGGGAAAGAAGGGAGAGAAGGAAAAGAACGCAUACCAGGAAAAAAAGAAGGAUGGAGACAGGACAACAUUUGCCUAAUUUUGUAAUAAAACACUGUCUUUUCAGGAUUGCUUCAUGGAUUGGAGAACUUUCUAACCAAAAAUUAAAAAAAAAAAAAAGCAGAAACAAAAAGUCAAAAACAAAAAAGAAGUGAAAGGACUACUUAUCAUUUCCAGCAGUCAUGAUGACAAGUUAAGGUGGGUUACCAAUUCCAAUAUAGGAAGGGGAUUUCUUGUUUGUCUAAAUUUCUUUUUUCUUAAAAAAAAAAAUCAUUUUUAUGGGUCUGUUGUACAGGCCAUUAAGUCAUAACAAGGUGUUUAUAAUCGUAUCAAUUGCGUUGGGGGUUCCUUUCUUAACUGGUACAAUUUAGGCAGGCCUGUAUUACUGUAUCUCUAUUAUUAUUGUUGUUGUUGUUAUUGUUUUUUAUAUAUAUAUAUAGUUUGGACAUGUUUAUCUCUUGCUCCUGGAUCCUAUUUCAGUGAGCUCCCACACUGUGGGGAGGGAGGGUUUGGGGGUAAGGGGAGACUUACGUUCUUAACUGCGGGGAAUGUUCUUGCUGGUUUCCUUAUCCUUGAUGACUCUUACAGAGGUGCUAGAAAAUUAUUUUCUUUUGCCACUUAUGCAAGAGGCUUGGUGCAGAAGCUGAAGGCAGUGUGUGCAAACACUCCCAUCCCACACACGCCCCCUCCCCCCAUCAGGUGGUGCCUUUGGAGCACUUUUGUGUAGGAAGGAAUUCCUGCUGAACUGUAGCUCUCACUCACCCCAGAUCAUUGAAUGACCCUGAGGCCCAGACCCUGCGGUGCCCUGGUGCUGCCUCUGCAACUUCCCAUGGGGACGGCCGUGCGCGCGGCAGGGCAGGAUCUGGGCCCGAAGAGCAAAGACUACUGCAGACACCUGACUUGGUGGUUCUCCUGAUUUCUUAUCUCCUGAAAAAUGCUCCUACUGUUGGUGUGUUUGUUUGUUUGUUUCCAUUUUGUGGAAGUUUUUCAUCCAAACUUCCUUUCAUUUACUUGGCAAAGAGCGAAUUGACUUACGGAAAUUGGGAAACUCCGCCCUUCUUUUGUUUUCUGAAGGAACUCCACUAGACUAUUGCCAUCAAUUCUGUAUUCCCAAAGAGGUGUGAUGAGAAGAGUCUGAGGCUACCACCUUUUCCUCUGGCCGCAGGCUUCCUUUUCACUGGACGGCGCGUAAACUCCUCUAACCCUGAGACGCUCCUUGCUUCCCUGACUGGAGAAUGCACUUACUAGCUGGGCAUGGGGUCUUGAGAACCUUUGAAGGACUUUGAGCAGGAACUUUGCACACACCUCAAGUGUCUCCUUGGUUUGUUAGUGAUGCUCCAGCUAGGUAGGUCACAAUGGCAAUACCCGUCUCGCUAUACAAUGUAGAAAGUGAUUAGCUUCUGGAAUUGUUUUCAGGGUGUUUCUAGACUAUGUAAAUGAGCCCAUGGAAAGGAAGAGUUUAUGGAAGUAGAUGAAGAGGAAUGAGGCUAACUUGGAAAUUCAGUUCCCCUUUCUGUCAGCAUAGUAUGAUUACAAUAUCUGUACCAGAACAUUUCCCAGAAGACUGGAUCUCUGCAGUGUGGCUCAUCUGAGCUUCCCUUCAUCUUGGAGGUCAGGGUUCCCAUUUGGUGUCUGUGGGUGCUUGCUUAUGUCUCUGGAGGCCCAAGACUGCACUUGCCGCCCCCCUUUCGAGCUGGGGUCUGAGAGAGGGUGUACACGUCAUUUUCAUUCUGAUUGCUCUGCUUGUGUUCCGGAAGGGAGCUGGGAAUCUGUAUUUGUCUCUUCACAGUGUUGGGAAAGGCAGUGAUACAGACACGGUGUGUAUGUUUCUUUGUGAUCAUCUAAGUGGGAGACAGGCACCUUCAUAUUAAAAGGCCAGAAACAUUUUUAGUCCCUUUGUUAGUUUUUCUUUUGUUGCUUCUGUCUUCCUGUUUUAUUUCACGUUGUAUUUAAUUAUCAACCUAAAUUUCCUCUUCUCACCAGUGAGUUCACCUUCCCUAAAAUCCCUCCAAAAUCAGUGAACUGCAAGCAGGGAAACUAACAAAUGUCCAUCCACCUUUUUUAUGUGUGGUGUGUUUUUUGUUGUUGUUGUUGUUGUUGUUUUAACUAAGCUUGAACCAAAGUCAAUUUUUAGCAAGCUGCUGUACUAAUGGACUAGUUUAUAACGUGCAUUUCAGACACAUUGAAGAGAUAGAUGCUACUGACAAUUUCUUUUUUUCAUUUGUCUUUAUUAAUUUUAUAUAAAAGUUGCUGCUUGUUUUAAUCGUUUAUGUUGGUAAAUUGUAAUAUCCUCUGGGCGGACAUUACCUUGAUUUUAACUAGUUUAUGUAGUUGGGUGUGUAAAUAGAAUGGUAGUGUCAGUUACGAGUUUCUCUCCUCUCCAUAUGGCUAUUUCUCUAAUGUAGUUAAGUUUAAUCUUUUAUCCUGACUUGACAUCUCUAACUUUAGUCUGUGCAAAUGGUUUUAGGGCCAUCAGUAAUACUCUGGCUGCCCAUUGGAACGAGUCCCUCCCCUGGGAGUAGUAAGUUAGGAGGAAGGAUUCAGGGAGGGAAAUGCUGAGACCCACCAUCCUGGAUUAGAGGUUAUAGCAUUAAUUUCCCAAAAUUGCUACCAAAGGAAGUGUGGAGUCCUCAGGAACUCAAACCCAGUGGAUCAAAAGGAAGGGCAAGGAAAGGCUGUGCUUGUUCGUUUGUUUUCCUGUGUGGUUCAAAAGAUGCUCCCUCUCCCAAAUCAGAUUCACCAACAGAAUUCAAUAUUUUAAAAGAUAUUAAGCUUUAAAUGUCAGUACGAUGGUCUUCUAUUCCCUGCCCUGUCUGUAUUCUCUAGUCAAUCUGGGAUAAGGGGAUUCUGCCUUUUUGUGUGUGUGGAUCACCUUAUGAGGAUAAACCUUAAACCAGCAUAAAAAUAUGUGUUUAAAAGAAAUAAAUCCUUAGACAAAGGUAACUUUUAAAAAUUUUUCUCAUUUUUUUCUUAUUUAAAGACAAACUGUAAAAUGAAAGAUACAUUUGUACAUGUACAUAUGAAACACUAAAAGACUUUGUUGAUGGGUGUUUAGUUUAAAAUCACCUCCCCAUCACCACCCCUAGAUAUUCUGCUGAUCCUACUGCUUCAUGACCCAACCUUUAGUCCUUUUUUACUUUAUAUUUUUUUAUCAUCUCAAGAAAUGCUUUUUGAAUUGAGUGAGUCUCCUAAGCUGAGGUCAGACUUAACUUUUAACCCCCUUAUAUGGGAGAGUCUAGAAAAUAAGGGGGCCAUUUGAUCAAAAAGAGGUGUUUGGUAGAGUUUUCUGCGUUUCUAAGCGGAUGGGCCAGAUAGGUCAUCAUAACUCAUUGUACAUUCUUCUUUUUCCCCCCCUAAUGAUUAUGCAAAUUUUAUUUCAUCCCUGAAUUUGGUGAAUACAUAUUAAACCAAAGACUAAUUCUGAAUGCAUUUAUAGUGAUACUAUAUUUGCCCAUGGUAAUGGGCCCUCCCUAGGGAGUGGUGAAUGUAAUUGAAUUCUGCUUAUCACAAGCAGUGCAGUUUGGUCAUGAACUUUAUUUAUACCCUGUAUGAAUCUGAAGGACUGAGCAGAAAGACCUAGAAAAGGGCUUCUCAUAGGAACAGUAUUAUUGUUCCUAAUUUAAGAAAUAAGUUGAGUGCUAUAUUAGUUUAAAUGUUUCUGAAAUUAUAUAGGCAGCUUUUUAGAAUUAAAAAAAAUGUUCAUCUCCAUUACCUGACACAGUACACACUUCCUUUUAUUUAUUUGAUAAAGACCAGUACCAUCCCAAUUUACUCAACUUAUUACUCAAGAAAUGGAACCAAAGGAAUCCAACUUUCAUUUUGUGUAGGACCAUACCUAUCUGUACUUCAUGGUGGCAUUAUUAGAAAUUAACAAUCCUUUUUUUUGUUUUAAAGGGAAAAUAAGGUUAUAAUUAAAAGAUUUUUAGUGAGAUUAUCAUGCCAUUUCGUUUUAUAUAAUUCAUUCAUUGUUGGGGGGAAAAAAGCACAAUUAUACCUCUUUUUUAUAUUAUUUUGUCCUCUCUCGUGUAAAUGGGAAGAUGGGGGAAACCUAGUCUAGAUUAUCCAGAAGCACAGACAUUGCUUGGCGCAAUCUUUAAGGUCAGCCCAAUCUUUAACGUUACAUUUUCUAUUUAAAUUGCUGGGGGAAAAAAAUAAAUAAAUUGCUGGGAAAGCUGGGUACAUUUGCAGAUACAGGAAAUCAUUGCAGAUUUUUAAAGUUCUAACCCCUGAGAGUAAACAUUGCAAUUAGUGUAUAACAAACACUUGGCUUACAGAAGAAACUCUUUGUAGUUCACAGUCUAAAGUUGUUCCCGUCCCUUGUCAUCCUCACAAAACUUUCUUCGCCAAGAAAAAAAAUAAACCCGUUGAGAGAGGAAGAAAAGGGAGGAGGGCUGGUGGGGAGAAGUCCCCAGCACCAGGGCUGGCGGCAACCUUGACGGUGAGGCGCACCCCUCGGCCUCCUGCAGGCAGUACACUUGGGGCUCAGACCCCUUAGGGGCAGCCCCCAGGUCAGUCCGCAGCUUGGUAACCUCAGUUAAAGAAGAGCCGCAACGAUUGAGUAUGAGAUUUUGGCCAAAUACUUUCUCAUUAAAUGAGCAUUUAAAUCGAUGAAUUUAAAGUUUAUUUAUUCCUCAAACCAUGAUUAUUGAUAGAGCUGAAAAUGUUAAGAGACCAUCAGUGCUAACGGAGAAAAUGACUAAAGUCCUGAAAUUUAAAGUGAUUCCAGUGGACAAGAAUUGAUGGAUGACUUUGAUCAUAACCAUUGUGAGUGCAUGUGUGUGUGUGAGAGAGAGAGAGAAAAGCCUGUCAUGUGUGACAUUGUUCAUGUAGUCAUAGCCCUGGCCAUUUUGAAGUCAUUUUCCAUCUUAAAACAUAUUUGACGACGACAUUAUAAAAUGGUAAAUCUUUCUUAGCAUUUACCUUCAUUUUUGAGAAGGAAAAAGAAUCUUUUGCCAUUCUUUAAGAAAAAUAACUUAAGAUCCGCUAUUAUGCAGUUUUGCAUAAUGGUGGACACAGUACAAAUGUGAGCUUGGACAGGAAUAGGAUAACUAGACUGCUUUUAUCAUUAAGAGCUAAUACUAAUCCUGUUCUGCCUCAUUCUUUUCUUAAUCCAAAGAGAUUAAAUGGGACACCCCUGAGACUUCCAGGAAGAUCUUUGAAAGGAUUUCAUUAGGAGGGCAGGGAAAUACGUUUUUUCUCAGAUUUGUCCAGUUUACACCCAGAUUUCCAUAUGGUUUUUGAGCUGUUGCUUUCUUCUGAUCGUCCUUAUCCAUGAAGCACUUAGUUCCUUGUUUUGGCUUUUCUAUUCUUGGCCUUUUCUAAAAGCAGUAACUUGGGUGACUCUUACUUUGAUUCUGUGACCUGGAGCUCCUUUCCCUCUUCCUUCUCUUCCUUUUCCUUUUGAAUGGUGAUACCUUAAUCUGUGAGGGUAAUGCUGGUGGGUAACAGCUAGCUUCUGGCACCUUCAUAAAAUACCUCAGUAUAGCUUAGCAUUGUUGCAGACCUGGUUUUAAUCUAAAAACCAAAUAAAUAAAAAGAAGAAAACUUUAUAAAUAGUGGAAAUAAUCCUAGCUGUAGCAUUUAGUUGAACUGAUGUUUAUUAUGAUUGAUAAACAUGAUCGAUGCUGUAUGUAUUUGGGAUCCUGUUUAUAGGUUACAAUUUAUAGGGUUAGGGAGGGUUGGGGUGGGGAGAGGAGAAGUUGAUUAUGUUAGAAGGAAAACGUUGCUCAUGUGUGUUUGUUUUUCCUUAUAUCUGUCUUGCCAAAGGAAACUUAAUUAUCCCUGGGAUGGGUUUGGGAUUCAUUGGCCUCUCUGUGGUUAGACCUGCAUUGCAGUGUGUGGUGGUGGCUUGCAGGUCGCACAUGGGUUGUCCUGGAGGUUCAGGGUCCCCUAAGACAUUUACAUCCCUUCCUAUGGUCGCUCUUGCCCCCAGACCCUGCCAUCCUCUCCUAAGGAUUCAUUACCUCUCUAUGUAGCAAGAGCUUAGGCAAAGGACGAAUGUGUGGGUAUCUGGGUGUGUGGUUGAGAGAUAGAGGCAGAAGUGGACAUGCGCCAUUUAAUUUGGAGAGGAAAGAUGAGUUCGUGAUGCAUCUUAGUCGAGGGAAAUUAAAGUAAAACAGGUUCUUUUUGUCACCCUCUGUCAUGUUACUGAAUGUUGUGCUAGUAGCCCAACAUUUUAAAACCCUACUUCCUUUUUUCAUACCAAGGCUAAUUCUGUCUAGACCAAAAAAUGCAAACAGAAGUAAAACCAAACGAAGCAGUUGAAAGCCAACCUGCUUGCCUCACACGUGUGCUAAGGUGUGACCUUUAGGGAUUGGUAGGUUGCUGAGAUUGAGGAGAGUGUUGUUCUUGGUGGGAAUGUGAAUGAGAAAUGAUGCCGGUGUAGGAGAAAUUGAAGAGCCCUUUCUGCCCAGACAGACAGACAGUCUUGGCUCCCCACGUUCAGAUAUAGACUAUAUCUCCAAAAAGGUUAUUUUUAAAUAAACCAUCCAUCUCACAGAACUUGAGUGGGAUUUGGUUUGGAUACCAAAGACACUGCUAUGUCACUGUUUAUUCUUAGGGUUUCAAAAUAGGCAGAGAGAAUAGGAGUUAAAGGCUGAAAUUUGGAAAAAGCUGUACCUAUGUCUCUUUUCUUUUUCCUCUCCUGUCCUUUCUCUCCUCCCUUACCCCCUUUUUGAAGGAAGUCUUGUUGGUUAUCCUGGCUUUGGAAAAGAGAUUGAUUUAGUUUCACUCUGCUGGCUCUGUAAAGAUGGAUAGAGUUGCUCAGUGCAGCCGUGAUGUUCUUAGAAUUGCUGGCAAACUGGGGGGAGGGCAAAAGAUGGGGGGUAGAAUUUUUUUCUUCAUUUCCCUUUAUCUAACACUUAUAAAUAGAACCAGUACAGUCUGUUUGAGUUCAGAUGAUACCUAGACGUGCUAUCUCUGUUCUGUCACUUGUAAGGGAUAAGCAUUUUCAAGAGCAGGAUUACAUGGAAAACCAAAAGACUUUCCUUUACUCUCCCAGGGAGCUGUUAUCUUUCCAAAAUGGUUUUAUACAUGAGUUCUAGGGAGUUCAGAAGUUUGUUGUCUUGGUGUACUAUUGGUGGGACACAGAAAGAUGGGUCAUUUAUUGCUCUCUUGAUACUCUGUCAAGAAAUGAUCAGGUUGCAGAACUUCAUGAAAGCUUUACUAAUAAUCUCAUUGUUCUGACAUUAUGUAAAAGUGGUAUUAAUCUUGUGUGACUUUCAAAGCGCUAGAGAGGUUUGUAAGUAGGUGAUAGGGAUAGUGAGGAUAAGAGCACUCGACACAGACGUUACGGAAAACAAGGUGUGCGUGAGGGAACACCACCUGGAGUGUGGAAGUGAGCCUCCCCAGGCUGGGGAGGGAAGGUGUCCCUGCAUCUGCCCGCUCUGCACAGGGCUUUGUCACCUGGCACCACCUUCUGGUUCAAACCCAGGACACUGUCAGCAAGUUCAGACCCCAGAAGUAAUUUACUGUAAAAAAACAUUGAGGUCUGCUGCAAAGUUCCCCCGUGUUUUCUCAGUUGACCGGCUCAUCCUUGUUUUGAGUCAGCCACAACCUUAGAAAGCAGCUCUUCGGGCUUCUUUCCUGACCUGGCAGCAGCGCUGAGCUCCAGCGUUAGACCCCGAGGGCCGCAGGCGGGCAGCCCGAGAGAGUGCUGUGCGAAAGCGGCACAUCGCCACGCUUGUUUUCACACUGGAAUCUCCUUCGAGUGACACAGUGAGAAAGGACAGAGCCCAGUAGGGGAAGGGCGCUUCCACCGAGCCCUCCCAGGCUCUUGGAGGCUGACGUGUAGGCGGUUCUGCCAGGAAAGGCCGUGCGGCAGGUGCGCGGGGUGCCGCGUUUCCGGUUCGGGCCUGCCCAGGUCUGCAGGAGGAGGCCCGGACUUCGCUAAGAGUUGAGCGGACUGAUCCCAGCCUGGGUGUAUUGGAAACCGCCAGCGUUGGGGGCGGGGGGCGGCGGAAGGAGCAGAAGGCUCGGUGGUCAUACUACAGGUUGGUUCUCUGCAGCGUCCGUGGCGGGCUGCCCCUGAGGCAAAGGCAGAGGCACGACGGACUUCUUCCAGCUCCUCGCCUCUGCCUGCGGGAGCGCAUGUGCAGUACUCGGUCCCCGGGACGGGGGGUCUCCCUCUCCCAGGGAACAGAGGUCGCCUCCCGCACCGCCCGUAGCUCCGGGCCCUUGCUCCCUGGCAGUGGCUGAGGCUAGGUGAGCAGGUGUGGCGCUGCGGCCCACCUCGAGUCCAGCAGCUGUCGUAUACCUCAUUUCAAACUCAUGAUUGAGUAACUUGCUUUAACUUUGCUAAACCCUACAGAGUUGCCAGGUCUGCCCUCCCUCCUCUAAGUAAUGUUGAACUCUGGCCUAUAGCAUCACGGGACCUGUAGCCUAGGGUGGGACCUCCUCAAGCCUCUGAAUGUCGCUGCUGAAAAGCUACUGCAAAGUGAGGGCAAAUUGCAAUCUUCUGUGUCUUGUCGUUGCAAGGGGUCUUCACAGGUCUCUUAACAUCGGCUUUCCCCGCCACCCUGCCUUCAGGGGCUGGCCCUCUCUCCACGCCCCCACCCCGCGCCACAGGUCAGAUUUCCCUGGUGAGGUGGAGGCCGUCCCCUUCCUCUCCGAGGCCUCAGGGUUCUGCUUAUUUUCAGGACUUUGGGUGGAAGGGAAAAGACACCAAAGGCUCCUUUAAGCUGACUGCUGCAUACACAUUUCACUUUUUUUCCUUUGACAUGACCAAAAAAAAAAAAAAAAAAUCCAAAUAUUUAAGUUUCUAUUAUUAAUAUUAUUAUUAUUUGACAAUCUUGUAUCCAGUGGGCUCUCUAGAAGCUGCAUCCCCAGCCCUUUCACCUUUUCUUUGAAUGUAGUUCCCAACCUUCGAUUCCCACCCCCAAUGUUGAAAGAAAGCUUUGCCAGGUCUUAAUACUGCUGCUAUAAGCCAGGGGAGGGUGGUUUCUUUGUUUUGUUUUGUUUUUUAAAUUUCCAGCCAAAACCAAAGAUUCCUUGAUGAUUGUAUAAACUCAAAACAAACAAAAAAACCAAAGAAAAGGGAAGUCUUCAGCAUCAAUCCAGUCUGUGGCGUCCUGGCAUUUAGAGGAGUGAGGCUAGGGGUGGGGGUGGGGGCCUCUGACUCAUGGUAAGGGCAGGGGGCUCUUUUUUCCGUGCUUUGGGGUUCGCAGAGGUGCAUCCUCAGUAGCUUUGGCUCUGGCCAACUUGUGAAUGUGCCGUGGAACAAAUUGGCAUUUCAGAUUUUCCAAAGCAGUAGACAAAACGCCGUCACCGUGCUGAUCUACCGGACAGCAAACCACGGUCACCGCGGGGGCUUAGCACAGGGACUGGAGGGCUGGGGGCUACCGCUGGACCCACAGAGUGGGGGGAAGUUGAAGACACUGGUGCAGGCCUGGCUGCUCUGCUGGGUGCUUGGACCUCUGGGGUCAUGACAGUGAGUACACGCCAAGGUGCCCUUCUGAGCCUUUUCUCUUUUCCUUGACUGGAACUGCUUGGAAGUGGCUGUCCUGUUUGUGAGAAAACAUGCAGAAGGGUUACCAUGCUUUUCAUUUCUCCUUGCUGUAGUUCGUUUCCUUUGGCAGCACCACUGUGCAACUAUGCAUUGUAUCUCACAACCUUUGUGCUAGGUAGAUGCCUGUGACUUUUUAACUUGGGGGUGGGGGCGGGGGGGGUUGCAAAUGAAGGAACUUUUUACAUGGAUCUUUUUAAUCUCAGUUGAUUGGGGGAGGGGGGUAUUUGGUUCUAGGGUCAUACAAGCUCUAUCCCAAAGCAAAAUCCAAAUGUUAAUAAUAUUAGCCUGAUGCAGAUACCAAAGAUGAUUUCUUUCCUGCAGAACCUUAGACUUGUGUAUUAAGUACGAUUACCCAGCACUUGCAUUAGUCUAACCUCAGUAAUUCCAAAGCUUAGAUGUAUAUUUUGGUAUAUUUCUGGGAUAUUAAAAAAAAAAAUGUCGUUUAACUUCUUGUUUGUUUCAGUGUAAUGCUCUUAAAGUCAUAGCAUGAAAAUAACUGAACUGUCCUAUUCUUAGUAGUUUGAAAUAAUAGUAUUUUUGUAUGUUUUGGGUGUGUCUAUGUAUGUAUUAACAUAACAGUUUUCACUGCCUAGGUGUUCAUAAUAAAAAAGAAAAUGAAAAAGUUCUGAGUGUACAUAAUAUUCAGUAAUAAACUUCCACCAGGUUCAAUUUGGAUUGCAUAUUUGCGGAUUACUGUUCCCAACGAGGAUUUUGUUUUGUUUUAAAGAGACAGUGAUCUUGUUUUCCUAAAGACUUCUCUCUCUCUCUGUCUUUAAAUAUCUUAACUCCCCCUCCCCCUCUUUUUCUUUUCUUCCUUUUUUUUUUUUUAAAUAUUGAUUCAGGGGUGUUUUUCCACUGUUGUCAAGGGAGAGUCAUAAGGGGUAUUGGCCCCUUGGCCUCCCGAAACUUUUUGUUUUAUGUACUUAAGUUUAAAAUGUGAGUUUGAGUUCUCUUUUGUGGAAACUUAAGAUGUGGUGUAAAUGAUUCUUUCCAAAAUCGUCCAGCAGCUUUAACGAGGCAGUGACAGUUUCUGAGUAGUUGGUUGGGCGUCCUUUUACGUUUCUCCUUAGAUCCUGGUGCAGUCUGGGUGGCUGCUGCAUAGCCUGCCCCAGAGUGCCUGCUUAGCCAUUUCCCCUCUGAUAGGGGCGUUUUGUAAGAAUCUGCUGAUAACUUGGAGUUCGGGGGACCUUGUUAUCUGGGCCCCUGGGAAACACACGUUUUCUUGAUUUCAAAAACCCAAAACACAAGCAACUUUACAUUUUGGGGAAUUAGCUGAUGUGCCUCCCAGAGGCCUGAGGGAGGCGGUGGGGAAUAUGAGCGGUGCUGUCUCUUUAAAAGUGCCCUUUAUAUGAUUCCCCCUCCUGGGGCCUCCUGCAGGGGCUGUAGGCUUGGGAGAGAUUGCGUAGGUGACAGUGAAUCAGAAUGAAAUGGUAGAUUUUGUGUAGAUGCAUUUGUCUGCUGUAAUUUUUAUAUAUAUAUUAAACUUACUGUAACUGUACAGUUUGUUUCUGUUGUAAAACAUCAUUAAACCAUUUUCCAAGUGUUU